UAGUAGGAAAUUUAUGCAUUUUGGAUCGGAAUUUAGAGGAUAGGAUCAGGAGACAGAAUUGGUAUAUUUAUAUAAAUAUACAUACAUAAAAUACGAAUAGAGAUGAUUACACUCUAAUAUUAUUUAACAUUAUGAAAGAUGCUAUACAUUUAUAAAUCUGUAAAUUAUUAGAGAAGAGUAGGGUUAUUACGGAUGUUGGAAAAGGAACAUCUAAAGAAAUGAGGCCAUUUAAAAAAAUAUAUCGAUUGUAUAGAGGGCAGGAAAACAGGAUGUGGUUAAGAUCCCCUGUGUCCAUUCCGCACCCGCAAGCAGGAUCGCUGACAAUUCCAAGCUUAGAGAGAUGUGCUGGUGUAGUAACAUGUCCAAGUCUCAUGCGCGUUAAUAUGCUAGUAGCAGUCUUACCAAGUUUAGCAUUACGAAACCAUGGCUUUAAAGGAAUAGUAGGUUGUAUUGUAAAAUAGUAUUUUCCUUUUAUUUGUGCACUACUUGUCCAACUUGUAAGCCAUUCACUUCGCAAAUCGCACAAUGGUAGAGAUAGCAAGUCCUGGCUAUAACAUUUAUAAGGAACCACGUCACCACAAUGCACUGCCUCUUUGGCUAACUGGUCGGAUUUUUCAUUUCCUUGAAUUCCACAGUGACUCGGGAGCCAUGCAAACUCUACCAUGUAUCCCAUUUUCAUGAAUUUAUUUAGAAAAUUCCUUAUCUCAAAUAUUACAGGAAAAUAUGAUUUAGUACGGAAAGGGAAUUUAUUUAGGGCUUGAAGAGCACUCAUUGAAUCGGAAAAUAUUACAGUUUUUCGCAGUUUCAUAACAAAGAUAUAUUCAACAGCCUUUAAUAAACCAAUACAUUCUCCGGUAAAAACAGAUGUCUCCGGAGGAAGUUUAGUUUUUUGGACAAUAGAAAACUGAGAGUGGAAUACUCCUACACCUGUACACUCAGACGGAGAGGACUUAGAAGCAUCAGUGAAUAUAUGAUGAAAGUCGUCAUAUUCAGUAUCUAUAAUUGAUUUGAAGGUUAUACUUGGGUGUGCAUGGUUUUUAUCAAUUAAAUCAUAUUGAAUAGUUGGUGCUAUUUCUAAGGCAUCAUAAUCAAUAGUAAAAAUGGGAAGAUGGUUUGAUCGGUGUAUAGGUGAUUGUAUACUUAUAUACUUUCGAUAACUAACUAUCAAACAUGGGAGAGAUUUAUGUGCCCAGUAACUUGCUGAUGUUAUUUCUUCAUUCAAAGAACAAAGUAGAUUUAUAAGAGGAUGGUUGGAAAAUUGAAGUAAACGGAAUAGAUAUCUGUCAGCAAGAAGUUGUCGUCUAAUGUUAAGUGGGGGUUCACAAGUUUCAAUUUGCAAUGCAUUAAUUGGGCUGGAUCUCAUAGCACCAGUUAUUAUUCGUAACGCUUUCGACUGAACGUUAUCUAGCUUUUUCAGUGCAGUAGAAUUGGCAGGUUCUAGGAGAAAACUUCCGUAGUCCAGUACACUUCGGAUUAAUGCAUUAUACACUAGUUUUAAGGAUUGCGGAUGGGCCCCCCACCAAACUCCUGAAAGACAUCGGAGAAGAUUUAAAAGUCGUUCAGUUUUACUUAUAAUAAAAUCACAAUGUGCACUACCGGUAAGUUUGGAAUCCAACACGACUCCCAGAAAUUUUACUUGGGGUUCAAUGGGAAUUAAUAUAUUAUUAUAAUAAAUUCUAACGGGAGGGGGAAUCUUCUUUCGUGAGAAUAUUACAAUAGUACUCUUUGAAGCAGAUAAUUCUAGACCGUUAUCGUUCAUCCAAGAACUCAAAGAACGUAAAGCUGAGUUAAUAUGCAAAGAAGAAUUAUCUAUGUGACGGUUUGUAGAAUAAAUCAAUAGAUCAUCAGCGUAUUGCAACAACUUAAUAUUAUUUUCAAAUAAAGUGUCAAAAUCGUGAGUAUAUACACUGUAAAGUAAAGGACUAAGAACUGAUCCCUGGGGCAAGCCUCUCCAUACAGUUCUUUGUAUUUCAAGACUAUUCGGUAAGCUAAUUAUUAAUUUUCGUUCGGCUAGUAUAUUCAUAAUAAAAUUUGUUAACAUUUGAGGAACCUCUAGUAUCUCUAGUUUACUUUUCAAAACUGAUAAUAAUACGUGAUCAUAUGCAGAAUUUAUAUCCAAAAAUGCUGCUACUACGGAUUCGUUAUAUGUGAAAGCCAGACGAAUGUCAGUUGAUAAAAUACUUAAAUUGUCCAUUGUACUUUUUCCUUUUCUGAAUCCGUAUUGUGUUUUGGAUAGCAUGCCUCUGCUUUCUAAAUACCAUUCAAGGCGAUUUUUUAUCAAAAGUUCAGCUAGUUUAAUUAAAACAGUUGCUAAAACUAUUGGACGGUAUGAAGAUGCAUGUGAUGGUGGUUUAUUAGGUUUGAGUAUGGGCAACACUAUUUGUGAUUUCCAUGACAGAGGUAUGUCACCUGUUAUCAUGAUAGUGUUGAUAAGUUGCAAGUAAUAGGUUAAGAUGUUAUCACUAACAUUUGCGAAAAACGAAUACGGAAUUCCGUCUGCCCCAGGGGCAGAAUCUUUAUAGUCGAAAACAGCACUCUUAAGUUCUUGAAGGGAGAAAGGACGAUUCAAUCCAGAGCUACUACUCAAUUGUAAAACCUGUGAAGUGUUGAGCAUGGGAAUGGGAGUCCACGGUGGGGCCAAUUUGUCCAUAUAAUCGUUAACUAUUGCAGGAGGCAUAGUGACAGGAGAGGAAGUAUUAUAGGCGGAUUUAAAUCUUUUUAUGUUACGCCAGACCAGGGUAGCGGGCGUGUCUGGUGAAAUAGAACUGCAAAAAUUUCUCCAGCUUUCGAAUUUUUUCUUUUUAAAUAAUUUUUUAGUUUCUGCAACUACUUUACUUAAGUUAUCAUAGUUAAAUUCUGUCAUAUUAGUAUUGUACAUGAUUUCUGCCUGCUUUCUCUUCCUCACAGCCUCAGAGCAAUCCUUGUCCCACCAAGGAGGAGAUGGUAUUUUCAUGUGGGUGUUAUUUUUAAUAGGAAACAAUUCUAUGGCAGCUUCAUUUAAAAUACUAGCUAAUGCCUCUGCACAACUGUUUUCAUUACCGGGAGUGAUAAUAGGGAGAGAUGAUAAUUUAUUUUCAACAGAAGAUUUGUACUUAUUCCAGUCAUUAGAUUUUUUAUCUGGUAAAUUAUAUCUUCUUGUGGUUUUCCAUCUAAAGUUAUGAGGCUUUUUAAAGGGUAAAGAUAUAAUAAUAGGAAAAUGGUCACUUCCAUAUGCAGAAGGAAGAGUAUGCCAAGAUAAGGAAGAAGCUAGAUUUGUAGUACAGAUUGAUAAGUCCACAGCACUUGCAUUAAGGUUAGGACUGGUGAGGCGAGUGGGGGAACCUGUAUUCAAAAAGCAUAAGUUAUGUGAUUCCAUUAUAUCUAACAAAUUUUCACCAUAAUUGUUAGUAACUGUACAUCCCCAUGCUUGAUGGUGACAGUUAAAAUCUCCUAGUACUAGAAAGGGUUUAGGGAGAGAUGAAAACAUGUUAUUUAUUUCAUUAAAAAUUGGAGAUGAUGGGCGAGAUAAAUAAAUAGAUACUAAACAUAUGUUAUGAACUUUCACUGCAAUCAUUGAAAUUUCUUCACUAUGUCUUAUUAAGGUAAUGGGUUCAUAAAUAACACCAUUUUUAAUUAGAAUGGCUACUCCACCAUAGCCAUCCAUUCUAUCUUCUCUAAUAGUAUGAUAACCAUUAAUUUUAAAAUUUCUUUGAGAUGUAAGCCAUGUUUCAGACAAGGCUAAAACAGAAGGCUCUAAUUUAUUUAUUAAAUGAAUAAUUUCAUUUUUUUUGCUUAGGGCACUACGGCAGUUCCACUGUAUUAUCUUGUCUGUUUGUCUGUCCAUUGAUGAAUUGAAUGUUAUUUUUAGUAAUCUGAGCAGCGUUGGACGGUGGAAGGAUAUUGAAUUGAGUAAACACAUUGAAGAGAGCAUUAAUAAAAUCAGGAGGGAGUUGAUUCACUGAGGAUGUUCUGUCAUCACUUGUACUAAGACCACAGCCAUUGUUAGGGGUAGGAAUUGCAAAUUCCUUCAAUAUAGUAUUAUGGGCUAUGGUAUCAUAGCCUUUUGAAAAUGCAGGCAUAUUACGCGGUUUCUUAAAAAUAGUUUUUUUAUAAGAUGUUGUGUGGUUUAUGUUACUAUUAGAUAAAUUACUAAUCAUAGGUUCAUUUACUAUUUUUGUGGAAGGGGUCAUUAAAGUAUCAGCAUAGGACCUAGAUAUGGGUGGAAGUAAUUUUGAUGCUUCUGCGUAUGAUACACAGUUUUGUGCCAUGUAUAAUUUUAUUUGGGAUUGCCUAACAUAUUCCGGACAGGAUUUAUUAUUGGCGUAGUGAUGCCCAUCACACCAGCAGCAGAGCGCAUCUUCCUCUGUGAUAUUGCAUGAGUCACCUGUAUGAUUUUGACCACAUUUAAAACAUCUAGGUUUAGAUCUACAUUGAACUUUAGUAUGUCCGAAACGGCAGCAGUGAUAACAUUGGAUUGUAGGAAAUAUAUACAGAUCCACAUUGAGUGCAUUGUAACACAUGAAAAUUCGUUUUGGUAAAAUUUGGCCAUCAAAGGUUAAAACUAUAGUUUGGGAUGGCUUCCAGGUAGGAGUUCCAUCUACAAAGGAUUUAUAAUUUAGUCUCCUUACUUUCAGAAUUUCACCACAACCUAUGGGAACAGAAAUAUUACUUUUAACUUCCUCCAGAGACCACUCUGCAGGGACACCUCUAACUAAACCCAUUCGUGUAAUGUUAAAUGUUGGAAUAUAUGCUUUUAAAUUAUUUUUUGACCAACUACUAUGAUUGAUGAAAUUAUUUGCAUCAGUAAAUUUUGAGAACGAAACUUGCAUUUUAUUUCGCCCAAUCUUUUUUACGCUUCCAUUAAUUAUAUUGUAAAAAGAGUUUUGUUUGAGAAAUUUACCAAACGACAUGGGAUGCAUUGUGAUUCCGUCUGAUGAUGAAUCUUGCUCUCUCUGUACAUGCACUACAAAAGGUGAAGCAUCGGUUUUGUCAUAAAACUUCCUACCUAUAGGAAUCAGUACUGGGGAGGGUAUGGACACAGGAGAAGUUUUAGAGUCAUUGACACUCAGGCUAUUUGAUUCUUGUUGGACUGGCGUUGCGGUGGAUUCAUAGCAACUGCAAUCUGUAACUUUAGGUUCUGACGAGGAAUGUUUGCGCCUUUUUUUGUUGCAAUGUUUGCAAACAUGGAGCCGGCUCCGUUUUAAUGUGCGACUGGACAUGGAACCAUCUGUUUCCAUACCAGAUUCAUUAUUUGAAGUAAUGGUAACAAAAUUACUAGCCGGGGGGACACAUCCCCCCGGCUCCGGGGGGACGUUCAUACAACUAUAAGAUAAUAAUCAAAUUUUGACUUACCAAGGCAGCAGGGACAAUAAAUAAAGAAAUACACUAAAUAUAUAUACAAUAUUAAUAAACAAACCUAUCCGCUGAUCACUAUUUUAACUUCUAUUAAGUAAAUAUUUUCAGAUGCCAAAAGAACGCGUCCGCCAAGUUGGAAGUUUCCCGCGCUUUUCUUAAACAGACUUUUACUGGUCAGUGAACUAAGUGACAUUGACAGCUUGAAUAACGUUUUAUCAAGUGAUAUUAGUGAUGACAAUAUUCUGCCUAAACUGCUCAAUAAUACAUUAAGUUUUAAACCGCUUGUUAAAUAUUUAAAUAAUUCAAAUAUAACGUUAUAAAAUUUAUCAACACAGAAGAAUGGGGAAAACUUUGAACGAAGAAAGGAAAACCUUCCUGGUCCGGCAGAAAAGGGCCAGAACCCAGUGCCGUAAAACCAAAAUAGAAAAAAAAAAAAAACGCUUUAAAGCCUCAGAUUGAGCGGUCUCCAUAGGAGAUCCUCUUCCGCCACUUGAUUUGCCCAUUUGAGCAGCAGUAAUUAAAUCAAAAGGGCUUUUUUCUUAUUUAAAUAAAUAAAAAUUUAAAAACCGCGCCUUCACUUUUCAAUUUCGCGCCCUUUUUUGACAUUUGUUGAUGUGUGAGUCAGUAUUGCAAUAGAUGGAAGAAUGAGAUACCAUUAUCGAGUUGUAGCUGAGUACAAAAAGGAUAAAAGAUCAUGUUUUGAUUCAUAAAUAUAACUAGGUUUUAUGUUCCGUCUGCUAUAGUAUUAUAUGUCUGUGGCAUGCAAUUAAAAACUAUUUUUUAAUAAUUCCAAAAAGAAGUAUAACUUCUCACGCGCGUACUUAAGUACACGCACCCAUAUUUUUUUAACACAGUUUGAAUUAACUUUGAUUAUUUCAAAUAAAACUAUAGUGAAACGAAAGCUUUAAUAAUUUUUCAACAAUAUAUAAUUAUAUUACUAACGAUAAAGCCCGUCACAGACGUAGCUAUAAUAUAUAUUAAUAUGAAUCACAGCAAGACAUAUUACAACAUAUUUUCAAUAUAAAUUUUCGAGUGACCGCACACGCAGUUAUAAUAUAUAUUUCUAAGGCGUCACCAAAAUAUGUCGACAGAUAUAUUUCGGUAUAUUACGGUACAGUACGGCCGCAGACCGAGUGAGGGCAAAAUAUAUAUUAUAGUAUAGCUUCCGUCUGUGGUAGUUUGCUAUAAGAUAAUAUAUAUUUCGAUAUAUUAAUAUAUAUUAUAGCUACGUCUGUGACGGGCUUAACAUAUAAUUAAAACAUUUCGAUCAAUGCCAACUUAAAGAAAAAACACUUGUUAAUUUUCUGUCACUGAGUUGGUACGAUUGCACACAUCAUACGAAAGCGGCAUAAUGCUUAACGUUGAAUGUUUCAACUACAGCAACGCUUCGCACAAUCGAGCACUCUCAAAAGUAAGGGUACGGCCAGAGUGCACUCAGAUUCAGAUUCAGACUCAGAAAAUAAACGCGAAAAAUAUACAGUGUAGUCGAAGCAGGUUGCCUGCUUUUUCUCGCGCUUUGUUUUCUGAGUCUCAAUCUGAAUCAGGUACAAAUAGCGCGCGCUUUCGCGACUUCCUGUUACACACUUCCGUCCCAUUUCACGAAAUCACUCCCACAAAUUGCAGGAAAGCGAGAUGAAAGAUGUUACACAUCGAAAAUGGAGCCUUUAAAAAAGUGACCUACUACAAAGGCCUCGGGUCUUUAUGUCACUGUCAAUGUCAUAUCCACGUGGGUGUCAUGUGCCACUGUGCCAGUGUCAACUUGUUCUCUUAUUGGUCUGUGGCCAGUGUCAGUUCAACAAGUUCAACAUUCCUUCUUUAGAAUUAAACUUAAAAACGAAGAACCGUGUGUCCGGUGCAUAGUGUGCAAAUUCGCUCAAUUAUUAAGUAAAAUUGUACAUAAAAAUCAAGUUGACGACAAAACCGCGAAAGUGUUCAAAUUUCUAUUUAAUUUCUUUACUUGAUUUGUGUUUUGCAAUAAAAAUAAACAAAAUGACUCAUUCUUCAGGAUCUACAAAAAAUCUUAAAAAUGGUAUCAUUGAUUUUACAGCAGGAUCUCUAGGUGGAGUGGCUGUAGUAUAUGUGGGUCAGCCGUUGGACACUGUCAAAGUAAAAAUGCAAACUUUUCCUCAUCUUUAUAAAGGAAUGUACCAUUGUCUGAAACAAACUUUAAGAAAUGAUGGUUUCAUAAGAGGUUUAUAUGCUGGCACAACACCUGCAAUCAUGGCUAAUGUUGCUGAAAACAGUGUUCUGUUUGCGGCAUAUGGUUAUUGUCAGAAGUUUGUUUGUAACAUAACAGGCACAGAGAGUGUUGAUCAAUUGUCAGCAGUUGGGAAUGCAUCAGCGGGUUUCUUAGCUGCAUUUUUCUCAUCAUUUACUUUGUGCCCAACUGAACUCAUCAAGUGUCAAUUACAAGCCAUGAGGGAAGUCAAUGUACAAAGCUCCCAAACAGCUGUCAAAGUGACGCCCUUGCAAUUGACGCAACAAAUAUUCCGUCAAUAUGGUAUACAAGGCUUGUUUAGGGGCUUGGUGCCCACAAUAAUGCGAGAAAUGCCGGGAUACUUCUUCUUUUUUGGUGGAUACGAAGGUACCAGAGAAUUGCUGAGGAAGCCUGGCCAAGCUAAAGAUGAAAUCGGUUUUCUUAGAACCAUGUUGGCGGGCGCCGUCGGGGGAUUAGUACUAUGGACAGUUAUAUUCCCAACUGAUGUCAUAAAAUCUAGGGUCCAAAUAUACAAUUCUACAGAGAAACAGAAAUUCCUAACAGUUGGCUAUGAAAUUGUUAAAAAAGAAGGUGUGUUGGCUUUAUACAACGGCUUAAAGCCCACUCUUGUAAGGACGAUUCCUGCUACAGCCGCUUUAUUCGUGCUCUACGAAUACUCUAAGAAACUCAUGCAUCAAUCAUUCGGGGACUGACAGUAUUGUGCGUGCUUAAGAAGAAUUCAAUUAUAUAAACAUACUAUGUUUAAGAAAUUAGUUCAAAUUAUUAAAAUGUUAAUGUUGAUCGUGUUAUAUUUAUGUUUACGUCUAAAAUUACAGAAUUGACUUAUUGAAAUUUAUUUGUACGUUGUGCCCCUCUUAGUAUCGAAUUUUGAUCACGUAGCAAGAAGAGCUAUGAGGAGCUCGAUGGCACAAGUGGUUAGCGCUUUCGGCUGCGAUCGUUGAAGUUAAGCAACUUUCGCAGUGGUCGGUCAUUGGAUGGGUGACCAAAAAUUUACUAUCUCGAGCUUCUCCGUGCUUCGGAAGGCAUGUUAAGCCGUUGGUCCCGGCUACAUCUGCAGUCGUUAGCACUCACCAUUCGCACUGGGCCCGCGUGGUGGGUCAUGGCCCAAUCUCCCUAUUCCAUCCAUAAGGAAGGCCUGUGCCCUAGCAGUGGGGACAUUAAUAGGCUGGUGAUGAUGAAGAGGAGCUAUAGUCUUAGAGCAAAACGUUAAAGAAACUUAUUUAAUUGCAGUGAGUCUGUUGUGAUAUGUGUCCUGCAUUAUGCAUUUUAAAUUAAUCUUACAUUCGCCUUCGCCAAAUGUUAU